AGAUCAUAAAGAAGAAGAAAAAAACAUUGUCAAUGGGUUCUUUGGGUGCAAUUUUAGAUCAAUCUAAGCCAUUUUUGGCUGUACUCUUUUUGCAGUUUGGGAUUUCAGGCAUGUCUAUAAUUACUAAGUUUGCUUUAAACCAAGGGAUGAGCCAGCAUGUUUUGGUUGUCUACCGGCAUGCCAUUGCCACUCUUGUCAUUGCUCCUUUCGCCAUUGUUUUGGAAAGGAAAAUUAGGCCAAAAAUGAGCCUGUCUGUCUUUGUUAAGAUACUGCUUCUAGCCUUAUUAGAGCCAACAAUGGACCAAAACUUACUUUACACAGGCAUGAAAUAUACUACGGCAACCUUCACAUCGGCCAUGACCAAUGUUCUUCCUGCAUUUGUUUUUUUGCUUGCCUGGAUCGUCAAGCUUGAGAAGGUUAACAUAAGAAAACUCCAUAGCCAGGCAAAGAUAUUAGGCACAAUUGUGACAUUUGGGGGAGCAAUGCUGAUGACAUUGAUUAAUGGACCAAUGUUGCCGUUGCCAUGGACUAAAUCAAAUAACCAUCAUGUAUUUUCAAGUGCAUCAGCAGUUAAGCAAGAUCCAAUCAAAGGUGCUCUCAUGAUCAUUUUUGGCUGUUUUUGCUGGGCUGGUUUCAUCAUUUUACAAGCAAUUACCCUAAAAUCAUACCCUGCUGAGCUCUCCCUAACAGCGUUUAUCUGCUUGGCGGGCACCAUUGGAGGAAGCAUUGUAGCGCUGGCAAUGGAAGCAGGCAAUGCCGCUGUGUGGUCUAUUCAUUUCGAUGUUAAAUUGUUGGCUGCAGUUUACAGUGGAGUAAUCUGUUCUGGAAUUACUUAUUAUGUUCAAGGAGUAAUAAUGAGAAGUAGAGGACCCGUAUUUGUGACUGCAUUUAAUCCUCUGAGCAUGGUUAUUGUUGCAAUUUUGAGCUCCUUUAUCUUAUCCGAAAUACUUUACUUAGGAAGGAUAAUUGGAGCAAUUGUAAUUGUGAUUGGCCUCUAUAUGGUUUUGUGGGGUAAGAGCAAGGAUCAAUGUUCAUCAAAUCAGAACAUCAAAGUGGAAGAAGCAUCAAAUGAUCUGAAAAUGAUUGUCAUUGAUGAUCACCAGACAUCAAUAACUUCAGAUCAAGAUUUUGUCGUCGUCCUGGAUUUAACCUGCAAUAAGGUGUCACCUACCAAAGAAUCUGUUUGAGGAAAACAAAAAUUUCUCGACAAGUUUUUCCCCUUCAUGGAUUGAGCUAAUGUUCGUAAUAAGAUGCUUCUUGUCCGUAUCUUUCAUUUUGUUCAAAAUAUUUGUAGCAGGCAUUUGUGUUUGACCCCUAUUCAGACAUGUUUAAAAUGUGUCCAACAUUUAUGUUUGAUCCACA